AUGUUGCUGCCACAGCAGCAGCACCACCAAAAGCAGCGACUGACAGCCAAAAAAAAUGGAUUGUGGCCUGGAGCCUGCGGACCUGUAACGUCCACGCGUUCUAGAACAUAUCACAUGAUAAUCUUCAUGCAUCACUCCAACGUCAGCAACAUGUUGCUGCUGCUGCUGCUGCUGUUGCUGUUGCACCGGAAGCAUUUUAUUGCCCGUUCGCGAUUCGCCUGCGCUGAUUAUUCGCGGGCAAUCGUAAAUCCCGCUUUUGUGGGGGGCACGCGCGAUCUUGCAACAGUUGCUGCAACAUUGGGAGCAGGUAGCUGCAAGUCAAGGAGGUGCGAAAUGGCAAAACGCCCGCUGGCAUUGAAUUACCAGACAAAGUGUGGCCAGCCCCGAACAUUAGAUGAUGUUGCCACGGAUCGCGCAGGUCAACAGCAGCAGCAGCAACAGCAGCAGCAAUCCGAACGUGUUGCUGAUACAAUUUGCUUGAUAGGCGCACAUUUUUACGCUUCAGCGCGGCUCAGCUCGUGCUAUCUGUGCGAAAUCUAA